CGUCCACUACAAUGAUGUCACACCAAUCAAAAGUUUUAUUUUAUGUUCAGCACAUAUACAGCUACAAUCCAGUAACAUAUGUUGUGAAUGUUAUUGUGAUAAUUUUCCAAACCAAUUUGCUUAAGUGUCCCAUUCAACCUGAUGUCUCACUCAACCACCCUUCGUAAUUCAUUACUCCGCCCAUUUUCGAAGGUCGGCUACCAAUCGCAACCCAGCCAUUGUCAACAAACGGAAGUGUUGUAGUUGUGUGAUUCCACCAGUGCGAGCAGGAGCGUAGGAAAAACGUCUGACCCCCCCAUAAUCUUACUAUUUUUCAGUCGGUAGUUAAGCCCGCGAAUUAUGUCCACGUGUUCCUUUUAAUACCAUGUAAUUGCAUCGACUAAUAACUUUAUAAAAGUUUAAAAGCAUGGCAGACUCAAACCUGUUCAUGGAGUGCGAGGAGGAGGAGCUGGAGCCAUGGCAACAGGUCGACCACAACAUCCAGGAGGAGGACGCGGCCGUCGCGGUGGCUGCCAUGCCCUACUCCUUGGCCGCGGCGCCCCCUGUUGGCAGUGCCUCGGCAGCGCCCCCUCAUGAUCCCACCAUGGAGCUGCCCGCCUUCGUUUCCCCGGUGACGAUGGAGGUCUCCAGUAGCGGGCCCAGCAGGGAAGCGCUGGGCCCAUCUCCUUCUGCCGUGCCCCCCUCCAUGCCGUCGCUGGUGCCCCCCGCCCUGCCCCAGCUCAAACCGGGCCAGCAGAUGAUCCUGACCCAGAGCCCCGCUCCGCUGGGCACGGUGUCCCUGUCCCAGGUGCUGCAUUCUGUGCCGGGGGCGUCUGGUGUGCCAUCUGGCAACAUCGCCGGCCAGCCCAUCUUCAUAACCACAUCGGACACCCUCCAAACUCAGAGAGCCCUGGGGGGCCCCCUCCCCCCUGACUGGCUGGACCUGGUAGGGACGCAGGGCUUCCAGGUCCAGAACGCGGUUGCCGGGCAGAGCAUGCUCAACCCAGUGGGCUUCCUGCUGAAUGGCCAGGCCUUCACCUUUGUGCCCGCCUCCGGCUCCCAGUUAUUCAAGCCAGCGAUUGCGCGGGCUCUUUCCCAGCCGGCCAAUCAGCAGCCGGCGACCACAACAGCCAAUCAGCUGGCGGUGACUACGUUGGCCAAUCAACAGGCGGCAACCAUGUCAGCCAGCAUGCAGCUGGAGACCGCGGCAGCCAAUCUGCGUACGGCAACCACGGCGGCCAAUCAGCUGGCGGUGACUACGUUGGCCAAUCAACAGGCGGAAACCACGUCAACCAGCCUGCAGCUGGAGACCGCGGCGGCAAAUCAACGUAUGGCAACUACGGCGGCCAAUCAGAAGAGCUUCACCAUACACAUCCCAGCCACCGUCACCGUCAAAGGCUCUGCUCCCCCUACCAAGAUGACCGCGACGCCCCCCUCCAGCAAUGCCAUCUCUGGGGUCUCACCCUUCACCAAGCAGAAAAUCACGGAGAAACGGCCCUCCAACCCGGAGGUGAAGAAGCUGAUUCAGGCUGUGAAUGCAGCCAGCACCUCCAUCGCCGCGCAGCUGAAGACCCUGAAGGUUGUCAAGCCCAACAACAAGCCCCCUGCCAACGGCCUGCCCGCCGCCCCCCCGUCCAAGGUCAAAGCGCGUCCUCCCAAACCCGUGCUGGGGAAUAAGAUGUGUCCACAGUGCGGCGCUCAGUACCGGGUGGUGGAAGCUCUUCGGGGGCUGCUGUGCUUGUGUUCCCCUGAAAUCACGCGCGGCCUGCUGGCCAUCGGCGCCGCCGGAGCCGCGAACGUCCGCCCCGUCCUCUCGCCCGCCGCCUCCAAAGCGCCCGCCUCCAAGGCCACGCCCAGAGUGGCGGCCACCGCCUGCGUGGCCCUGUCCCCGUCCCGCUCCCCGUCCCGCCCGGACGAGGGCGACUCAGACACCACGGGGAAGCUGAUCAUGCUGGUGGACGAUUUCUACUACGGGCGGGACGAGGGGCGGGGCGCGCCGGGCGGCUGGGACGGCGGCCAGCAGGGGCCCGUGCAGUUCCGCUGCCUCCGCUGCGACAAGAAGCUCAAGAACAACGUCAGGCUGAUGAACCACUUGAGGCAUCACAUAGAGCUGGAGCAGCAGAGUGGGGAGGUGGACACACACAGCAGCUGCCAGCACUGCUACCGCCGGUUCACCACGCCCUUCCGCCUGCAGUGCCACCUGGAGAGCGUGCACAGCCAGUACGAGUCCACCACUAAGUGUAAGAUCUGUGAGUGGGCGUUCGAGAGCGAGCCUGUGUUCCUGCAGCACAUGAAGAACACCCACAGCGCCGGCGAGAUGCCCUACCUGUGCCAGGUGUGCGAGUUCCGCUCUUCCAUCUACUCGGAUGUGUUCAACCACUUCCGCAGCCAGCACAAAGACACCGCCAAACUGCUGUGCCCCUACUGCCUCAAAGUCUUCAAAACCAACGGCAACUACCAGCACCACUACAACCGCCACCAGAAGAAGUCUGUGUACCACUGUGAUAAGUGCCGUCUGCAGUUCCUGUGCACCAGGGACAAGCUGGAACACAAGGUCAGCCAGCACAAGUCAUUUUGCAAGCCCAGGCAACUGCAGGGCCUGAAGCCCGGCACCAAGGUCACGAUCCGCGCCUAUGCCGUGGAGAACAGGACUGUGGGGAUAAACUGGACGGCAGCGGUGAAGCCGGAACCCGCCGCCCAGGCAGUGACCGCCUCAGCCACGCCCUCCCCCGCCAAGAAGCAGCCAGUCGCCAAGAGGAAACCAAUGUGCAGCAUGCAGGAGCUGUUGACCAAGUUCCAGGAGGAAAGAGAGGCCCUGGGGAGGCAGAGCUGCUUGGAGUGCACCUUCGACAUCCCGGACUUCCCCAGCCACUACCCCACCUACGUCAGCUGCUCCCUCUGCCAGUACUGCACCUGCUGCUCCCGAGCCUACGCCAACCACAUGAUCAACAAUCACGUGUCCCGCAAGACCAGCACCAAAUACCUGGCCUUGUACAAGGCCGGCCCCAGGUGGUCUGAGCUCGUGUGCACGGCCUGCGGCUUCAGCACCCAUGUGGGGGACCAGAUGGCCAAACACCUGGCAAAAAACUCCUCCCACUCCUCCAGCUACUGCACGCUGAAAGGACCUCCGGUACGAGGACGGGGAUCUCAGAGCCGUGGCGACUCCGCGGCGAGGGCCCUGACGGGGCCUGAUGGCGGGCAGGCCGCUCAGCCGCCGGCCGUCUCCUCGCGCGUCCUGCCGCUCGCCGUGCCCGUGCACUCCGAGCGCGACGGGGACGACGGGGAUGGCGGCGGCCGCGGCGAGCAGGACGCGGGGCCGGGCUGGGAGGGCGCAAACGAGGAGGGGGCGGGGCCCGGGGCGGGGGCGCUGACGGUACGACAGCUGCGGGUCCUGCUGUUCGCGCUCUGCUGCGGGGUCCCCCGGGCGGCCCAGCGCUUCCGCGCCCCGCCCCAGCUGAUCUGGACCUGGCUGCUGGAGAGGGAGAGGGGGCUGGAGCCGGCGGGCGGGGCCGAGGGCGGGGCCGGGGGCGGGGCCCAGGGCGAGGAGGCGGAGCGACUGGCGGAGUGGGUGCUGUCCCGGCGGGAGCAGCAGCUGCCCGUCCACGAGAAGAACCUCUUCGGCAAGACCUCGGGCCUGUUCCAGCACCGGGCCGGCCCCCGGGGCGUCUCCUGCGGCUGGAUGGUGGACUUCCUGCUACGCUGGCAGCUGGGCAUCCAGGCCACGGGCACCGUGAGCCGCCCGCUCCCCGCCCGCGCCCAGGCGCGCGUCCGGGCCUUCAUGGAGUUGUUCCGGCGGCGCGCGCGCGAGGUGCCCCUGCGUGCCGUGGGCACCCUGGACGAGCUGUCCGUCUUCGUCAACUUCGACCUGCUGGCCAGCCCCGCGGCGGCGCCGGAGCGCAGGCAGCUGGCCUUCCACCUGUCGGGCACGGGGGCGCCGCUCUGCGACGUCUUCCUGUCGGCCCUGGCGGACGGCACGCUGCUGCCCGCCCUGGUCUUCCCCCGCCGGCCCGUCCCCGGGCCGCUGCGCCCGCCCCGCUCCGUCCUGCUGCAGCCGGCCUCCGAGGGCCCCUCCGCCUCCCAGCAGCUGAGGCUGUGGGUGUCGCGGGCGUGGCAGAGGGGCGUGGCCGACGCCGGCUCCCACGCCCUGCUGGUGAUGGACGGCUACCGCGGGCACGCGCGGGCGGACUUCCAGGACGCGCUGCGGGAGGCGGGCACGCUGGCGGUGGUGCUCCCCCUGGGCUGCGCCGGGCGGCUGCAGCCGCUGGAGAUGUGCGCCGGGCCGGCGCUGCGCGGCUUCCUGGAGGCCCGCUGGAGCCAGCUGGCGGCGGAGGGCGGGGCCGGGGCCGGGACCACGCCCGGCCAGAUGCUGCAGCUGGUGCUGGAUUGGUUGGGGGAGGCGCUGGGGGCGCUGGCCGGCCUGCCGGAGCUCCUGCGGCGCUCGUUCCGCUGCAGCGGCCUGGUCCCGGCGGAGGCGGGCGACGGGGACCCCGCCGAGACCCAGAGCGAGCUGGUGCGGGCCCUCACCGAGGUCCUCAUGGGGCCCAAACCGGCCAACGCCGUCCCGCCCCCGCCGGAGGAGGAGGAGGAGGAGGAGAAGCAGGAGGAAGGGGAGAGAGGGAGCGUCCUGGACACCUCGGCCGAGAGCUCGGCCGCCUCACCCCGCUGGCCGCCGCUGACCGCCAACCCCCAGGCGCUCCGCAGCAUCUUCGAGAAGGACAGCGACGCGGAGUCCUUCCUCGGGUUCGACGAGUCGGAGAUCUCCGCCGUGCUCGGGCAGUAGCGCGGUCCCUCCUCUUCCCCCCCCAACCGUCCUAAAAACCAGGAACCAAGAACCCGGAGGGCUUGGCCACAGAUAAUAGACACACAGACCAGAUGGUCAACUCCCAACUUUCUUUCCGUCCUCGGUAUUCCCGACAUUUGGAAGUUUCUGCUGCUUUCCGCGGUGUCCCGUUUUUGUGAUGUUACUACACCUCCCUUCAUGAAUAUUAAUAACGAGCCAAAGAAGGGAGGGACUCAACAUUUGGUUAAUAUGGAGUGGACCAUCUGGUUAGUGCAGACAGUCUGUGGGGUCUGCCCUGCAGGGAUUGAGGGAAAAUGUUAUUUGAAUGUAUGUAGCGGGGUCCAUCCCCAUUGUCAGGAAUGUUUCUGUCAGAUCUUUCCCAAUACGCAACACAUUCCUCCUGUCUCCUCUUCCUCUUCUUCCUCUCUUGCACAAUACCCCAGUCUCUUAUCAUUCACCCCAACAGCCUUUCCUCAGAGUGUUGAUCCUCCAUUGUGAUAAGGGAUGCCCCAUACACAAGUUCUGGGUUGAUAUCAGUAAUCCUUGGCUCUGAAACCAAGGCUCCAAUUUGAUAGCAGAUGUGCAGAGACCUCAGACAACUCACAAAGGAAAAAAUAUAGCUACGUUUCAUUUGUGUAACAAAAAAUUUACGCUCACUUCCUUUAUUGGUAAGAAUAGAGCACAAGUCUUGAGAACGGCAUCGCUUCUGGUUAAAAAAAAAAAAUUAUGAAUUGAGGGGGGAAACUAAUAAAAGGGGAUUCAAAUAACUACAAUUGAGCCUGCCAUUUUCACUUUUCAGCAUCAGAUGAGUCAACUCUGUCACAUUUAUGUUCUUGCAUCACACUGGCUAUAAUAGAAUCAGGCCAAGUAGAUGAGUUCAUUCAAAAUUCUUAUUGGUGGAUAAUCCAACCCUGGUAUUCCAGAAUCGCAACCCCUCAUUUUGUGUGUGUGCAGGGAAAGGGAAAACUAAGAAAUGAUGUUCAUUUUGGAUAAAAACACUACUGUGUAUGUAAAGGAGGUAGCGUACAAAAUAACUGCUGUACUUUUUUUUACUUUUUAUUUUUGUACUUAGGUGAGGGAUUUACGUUUGUUGGUCUUGGUGGACGUAACCCCCCUUUUUAUAAAUGGUUACACCCCAACUCAGGGGUCCUAGUGGAGCUGUUUUUGAUAAUAAAAAGUACUAACAGAAA